AAUGAACUUUUGCGCACGCAACGAUAAAUGACUUCUGCAGAACCAAUGCAUAACAUUUUCCUUCAGGUUGAGUUUUGAGAAAUGGGUGGAAGAAUUUUUGUGAUCCCCGCCGGCAGCAGCACCGCUUUCAAUCCACGUGACAUAGCCACCGCGCAGUGCUUUUUUUCUUUUCCAACAUUUGAGGCAAAGAACCGUUUUCAACCAAAACCGAAACAUUCUUAUUCUUACAAAAGCUUUUGAGAAUUUUAGUGUAUGAAAUAAUAUACUGACAAUUUCCGCAUAUUUCGAUUCUGUUAUCAUUCCCUCAUCGCAACACCGUAUCUUUCGUCAUGAACACAAUUGCCCUUAUUCGCAACCGCGCAAUGAAACCCGCUCGUAGGAUUCUCACUUCUUCAAUCAAUUCAUCGUUUUUGGGAUUGAAACCUCGUUUCAAUCACCACCACACCAAUCCGAUUCAUUGCAUACAGCGUAGUCCUCACAAAGUUUUCCUCUUACCCUUUUUGAAUUCUAGCGCAACCAACAGGGAUGUCUCCACCUUUGCCUUCAAGGUUCAAAAUUUCUCAACUACCGUCGAGACCCGUGUCAGUGACAAUAAUUUUGAGAGGAUUUACAUACAGGGUGGCAUUAAUUUGAAGCCUUUGGUGGGGGAAAGUGUUCAUAAGGGUGAUGAGAAUGUUGUUGGAAAUGAAGAUGUUAGCACAAGCACAGAGAAUGUGACUCUGGGGAAGACUAAAGGGGUAGACACAGAUGUGGAAAAAGAAGCAUGGAAAUUGUUGCAGGGUGCUGUGGUUACUUAUUGUGGUAACCCUGUGGGGACAGUGGCUGCAAAUGAUCCUGGUGACAAGUUACCUUUGAAUUAUGAUCAGGUCUUUAUUAGGGAUUUUGUCCCUUCAGCUCUUGCUUUCUUGCUCAGAGGAGAAAGUGAGAUUGUCAAGAAUUUUCUUCUUCACACCUUGCAGUUGCAGAGUUGGGAGAAAACAGUGGACUGUUACAGUCCAGGUCAGGGCUUGAUGCCUGCAAGUUUCAAAGUUAGAACUGUGGCUCUUGAUGGAGAUAAUCAUGAAGAAGUUUUAGAUCCAGAUUUUGGGGAAUCUGCUAUUGGUCGUGUUGCACCUGUAGAUUCAGGAUUGUGGUGGAUCAUCCUGUUGCGGGCUUAUGGGAAGCUCACUGGUGACUACAGCUUGCAAGAAAGGGUGGAUGUUCAAACAGGCUUAAAAAUGAUCCUUAAAUUGUGUUUAACUGAUGGUUUUGAUAUGUUUCCUUCUCUGCUAGUCACCGAUGGGUCUUGCAUGAUAGACAGGCGGAUGGGCAUUCAUGGUCACCCCCUUGAGAUCCAAGCAUUGUUUUACUCAGCUCUUCGUUGCUCACGUGAGAUGCUUGCAGUAAGUGAUGGAACCAAUAAUCUGAUUAGAGCCAUUAACAACAGACUCAGUGCACUGUCAUUCCAUAUUAGAGAAUACUACUGGGUGGAUAUGAAAAAGAUGAAUGAAAUAUACAGGUAUAAAACAGAAGAGUACUCCAUGGAUGCCAUCAACAAAUUCAACAUCUAUCCAGAACAAAUUCCUUUGUGGCUAAUGGAUUGGAUUCCAGAAGAAGGUGGGUAUCUGAUUGGAAAUCUGCAGCCAGCUCACAUGGAUUUCAGGUUUUUCACUCUUGGAAAUCUUUGGUCUAUUGUUUCAUCGUUGGGCACCCCAAGACAGAACCAGGCUAUCUUAAAUCUGAUGGAAGCAAAAUGGGAUGAUCUCGUGGGUCAUAUGCCUCUUAAGAUAUGUUAUCCUGCAUUAGAUAAUGAGGAAUGGCGCAUAAUUACUGGCAGUGACCCAAAGAAUACCCCUUGGUCAUAUCACAAUGGUGGAUCUUGGCCAACCCUUCUGUGGCAGUUCACUCUGGCAUGCAUCAAAAUGGGGAGAAUUGAACUUGCCCAGAAAGCAGUUACUUUGGCAGAGAAUCGACUACCAGUUGAUUCUUGGCCUGAAUACUACGACACACGUAAUGGAAAAUUCAUUGGAAAACAAGCCCGGAUGCAUCAAACAUGGACUAUAGCUGGGUUCCUUACAUCCAAGAUGCUUUUGAAGAAUCCUGAAAUGGCAUCAAUGUUAUUCUGGGAGGAGGAUUAUGAGCUUCUUGAGAUAUGUGUAUGUGGACUUGGCAAAAGUGGCAGGAGAAAGUGUUCCCGUAUUGCUGCCAGGUCUCAGAUUCUUGUGUGAUGAGGGAGCCUACGCAUUAUUUGGAAGCAGAAUACUACUACCUACUGUACAUUCAUUAGUCCAGGCUAUACUGUAUGUUAUGCGUUUCAUAGGUUACAGUAAAAGCUAAAUUGGAAAAUUAACAUAUUGUUCCCUAUUGUAAUUAUAGUUAAGCAUGCUUUCCUUUGUAUUGGGAAGGCGAUUCUCUAGUUUUAUUUUAAAAUAUUUUUUACAAUGAGGGUGUAGAGAUUUAAAAGUAUGACCUCUUACAAAUUGUUUAGCCCUUUAGCACUAGCCAACCUAGUUCAUACCUAAGGAUUUUCACUUAAGUGUAUACCAACAAAUAUUCACAUUAAUUUAUCUCAUCAUACAAUUGCUCCUUGUCACAUUUU